CCGGAAUCGACUCUUUCUGGUAAGGACACAUGGAGUAGAAGUGCUGCGGGGACAAGGGGGACGCUCGGCGCAGUCACUGAAAAGCAGAAUUCAAGCACUCGAAGAGCGACAUGUUUCUCAGCACGGGUUUGCGGGCUUCUCUGAGGACAGGGCUCCGGCUUCCACUUGUCUGGCGGGGCGUAUGUAGCAUCAACUCAACGUACGCAGCUCGAGCAGGAAGUGGUGGAGUCAGCAACCGAUGGCCGGGCAGUUGUCCGCGUGGUUCAUGGUCCCGUCUGCCUGGUUCAUUUCCCAGCUGUCGGCCCUACAGUUCCCAGCAGGCUGAAAGCAAAGAGGAAGAGCCUUUACACAGCAUCAUCAGUGACACAGAAGAUGUGGAAGGGUCAUCUUUCCAACACGAGUUCCAGGCUGAAACCAAGAAACUGCUGGACAUUGUAGCGAGAUCUCUGUACUCUGAGAAAGAGGUUUUUAUCAGAGAGCUGAUUUCUAACUGCAGCGAUGCUCUAGAGAAGCUACGCCACAAGCUUGUUUCCUUAGAAGGGGAGUCAAGUCCCAUGGAGAUCCAUCUAAAGACCAACCCCGAGAAACACACUAUCAUCAUCCAGGACACUGGCAUUGGAAUGAGCAAAGAGGAAUUGGUGUCAAAUCUUGGGACGAUUGCACGCUCUGGUUCAAAGGCAUUCCUUGAUGCCCUGCAGAACCAGUCCGAGGCAAGCAGCAAGAUUAUUGGCCAGUUUGGUGUGGGCUUUUAUUCUGCUUUUAUGGUGGCUGACAAGGUGGAUGUUUACUCCAAGUCUGCAGAGCCGGGCAGCGAUGGGUAUAAAUGGUCAUCUGAUGGCUCAGGUGUGUUUGAAGUUGCCAAAGCCAGCGGCGUUAGACUGGGAACAAAAAUCGUUAUUCACCUCAAGGAUGAAUGCAAGGAAUUUGCUUCAGAAGACCGGGUCAAAGAGAUUGUGACUAAAUACAGCAAUUUUGUUAGUUUCCCCAUCUUCCUGAAUGGCAGGCGACUAAACACUCUGCAGGCAUUGUGGUUGGCAGACCCCAAAGAGAUCAGUGACUGGCAACAUGAAGAAUUUUAUCGGUAUAUUGCACAAGCUUAUGAUAAACCACGAUAUGUUCUGCAUUAUCGGACUGAUGCUCCACUUAACAUCCGCAGCAUCUUCUAUGUGCCAGAAAUGAAGCCUUCCAUGUUUGACGUGAGCCGUGAGAUGGGCUCCAGUGUCGCCUUGUACAGCAGAAAGGUCCUCAUUCAGACGAAGGCGUCGGACAUUCUCCCCAAGUGGCUACGUUUCUUGCGUGGUGUUGUCGACAGCGAAGACAUCCCCCUGAACCUCAGCAGAGAGCUACUUCAGGAGAGCGCGCUCAUCAGGAAGCUAAGGGAUGUUUUGCAGAAAAGGAUUGUUAAGUUUUUUGUUGAUCAAAGCCACAAGGAGCCAGAGAAGUACAGGAAAUUCUUCGAGGACUAUGGGCUCUUCAUCCGGGAGGGUAUCGUCACCUCAGCCGAACAGGAUGUCAAGGAAGACAUUGGGAAAUUGCUGCGGUUUGAAUCUUCCGUUCUCCCAGAGGGUCAGCAGACAAGUUUACAAGAGUACGCAGAGAGAAUGAAGGCUGGCACACGUAAUAUUUAUUACCUCUGUGCCCCUAACAGGCACCUUGCUGAACAUUCACCUUACUUUGAAGCCAUGCAGAAGAAAGACAUGGAGGUCCUCUUCUGCUAUGAGCAGUUUGAUGAACUGACUCUCUUACACUUGCGGGAGUUUGACAAAAAGAAGCUCAUCUCUGUGGAGACUGACAUUGUGGUGGAUCACUACAAGGAAGAGCAGUUUGAAGACUCAAAGCCAGGUGGGCACUUCUGAGCGGACCAGUUUUACGU